GUUUUCGACGGAUAUGGUCCAAAUACAUACCCCAUGUUACAGUUAUGAAACCAGCGGAUGAUCUCUGCGAUGUCUGCCGUGGAAACACAAUAUCGAUUGCGCAAGCCAAAGGUGUUACUGACAUUGAACGCGCACAGAAGCUUAAUUAAUUUCUUGAUCACCUCCACCGAGCCCGAAAUCAACGAGAAUAUUAUCAAAGUUGGUGUAGAAAUACUGACCCUACAGCAGUCGUUCUGUCAUUUGAUUUUGCCCAAACCGUUCACUACCCUGUCAGUCCACAACAACCUGGUACAGCAUACUUCAAAGCAACCAAGAAGUGCGGAGUCUUCGGAAUUACAGACGAAAAACAAAAAGUUCAGUACAAUUACAUGAUAGACGAAAAAGAUGACGUUGGUAAAGGACCUAACUGUGUUGUGAGCAUCCUGCAUUAUCACCUGCAAACCUACUAUAAAGACAUUGAAACACUCGUUCUUUUCUGUGACAAUUGUGUUGGGCAGAAUAAGAAUAACACUGUACUAUCAUA